UGUGGAGUUUUGUUGACACCGCAAGUCACAGCAUGGGUCGACGUGACACCUGACUUCUGCUCAGCCACCAUGCUUCUGCCAUGGAACCCGAGCAGCUUGCAGGUGUUUAUGGUCGCUCUGCUCGUCUUCCUCCUCGUUUAUCACUCAGCGGUUUACUACCAGAGACGACUGAUGCUGAGCAACAUCCCGCCUGGUCCGCAGCCGCUUCCCGUCGUGGGCAACUUCGGUGCCUUGUUGGUUCCGUCCUUCAUCCUCAGGAGGGUCCGAAAAAUCCCCGACCGAGCCACGACACCGACCCAAGGCUUGGCGGAGCUGGCGCGCCUUUACGGAGACGUCUUCAGCCUGUUUGUGGGGAGUCAGCUGAUGGUGGUGCUGAACGGCUUCGACGUGAUAAAAGACGCUUUUUCAAACCAGCCUGACGUGUUUUCUGACAGGCCGGACAUCCCAGUCGUCUCCAUCAUGACCAAACGCAAAGGUAUCGUCUUUGCACCUUAUGGGCCUGUGUGGAGGAAACAUCGCAAGUUCUGUCACGCCACCCUGCGAAACUUUGGCUUUGGCAAGUUGAGCUUGGAGCCCUGCAUCCUUCAAGGAGUGACCACGGUGAAGCAAGAGCUCCUGCGCUUGAACCGGGAGUCGGAUGGCGCCGGCGUUGACUUGGCGGCGCUCAUCGGCAACGCUGUCUCCAACGUGAUCUGCUCGCUGACCCUGGGCCAGCGGUUCCAUCACGACGACUCCGAGUUCCGCACGCUGCUGGACCUGAUGGUGCGUGGACUGGAGAUCUGCGUCAACAGCCCCGCCGUGCUCAUCAACAUCUGCCCUCUGCUCUACCACCUCCCCUGCGGCGUCUUCAAGGAGCUGAGACAAGUGGAGCGAGACAUUACUCUGUUUCUUAAAAAGAUGAUCGCCACACACCGUGACACGUUAGAUCCUCAGCAGCCCAGGGAUCUGGUGGACAUGUACCUCAUGGAGAUGCAGUCACAAAAAGCGGCAGGAGAACAGGACGACAGCUUCACUGAAGACUACCUCUUUUACAUUAUUGGGGACUUGAUUAUCGCCGGCACAGAUACCACGACCAACUCUGUGCUGUGGGUCCUCCUUUACAUGGUCCUGCACCCUGAUGUCCAAGACCAGGUGCAGGCAGAAAUUGACAAAGUGGUGGGAAAGGAGCGCCCUCUGUCGCUGACAGAUCGGGGGAGUUUGCCCUACACGGAGGCGACGAUCAUGGAGGUCCAAAGACUGGCUGUCGCAGUCCCCCUGGGCAUCCCACACAUGGCCUCCAAGAAGACAGAGUUGCGGGGCUACGUAAUUCCUCAGGGGACCGUUGUCCUGCCAAACCUGUGGUCUGUCCACAGAGACCCCACCGUGUGGGAAGAGCCAGAUUCCUUCAACCCGACACGCUUCCUGGACGCCGAGGGAAAGCUGAUCAGGAAAGAGUCUUUCAUCCCGUUUGGCAUCGGACGCAGGGUUUGCAUGGGCGAACAGCUGGCCAAGAUGGAGCUGUUUUUGAUGGUCACCAACCUACUGCAGAGUUUCAGGCUCAGACUCCCAGACGGUUCGAUUCCGCCUCCUCUGCACGGGCGCUUCGGGCUGACGCUGGCGCCGUGCCCCUUCGCCGUCUGCGUCCGCCCACGCUGCUAAACACUCGUGGACCUUCAGGAUAAACAAACGUCUCUCACGCGGAGCUGGAAGUUCAGGUUUUAAUGCUGCUUAUUUAAAGGGAUUUAUCGCUCUCUCCUGCUUUAAAUCAACUUCAAACUAUUGAUCAGUGGACAGAAAUUGACAUUACAUUUAUUCACUGUUAAAUUUAAAAGAAGUGUUAAGAUGUAAUGUAAAUAUCAUUUUAAAACUCGUAUUAAUGCAUUUAAUAACGGAUUGUUCACUUCAGAUUAUAUUUUUUGUUCCGCCUUAUUAACACGUGAAACACUUGAUAAGUGUCAAACUACCCGACUAGCUCGGAUAUAAACCCCGUGAGGGGGUCUGUCAAUAUGUUUAAACAAUAAACGGCUCCACUACAGACUUGUUGACUUA